AAGGGCCCCAAAUUGAAAAAAAAGGAAACGGAAAAGAACUGGACGCUCUUAUUAAGAACUAAAAGAGUUGCAGAGGAAGAUGAGAAUUCAUCCACGCAAGCUUUACACAGUUCAUCAAUGGCGUCUAUAAAGACUUAUCAAAGGGCAGGGGAUUAAACCCAUUUGCUCUCUCUGUUUCAUCUGUUAUUAUGCUUGGUAUUUUAAGAGAAGAUGAAUAGUUUAAUGGCUUAGGCUCUAGUUUUCGCUUUUUCGGACUUCGUGGAAUUUGUUCAGUUUUUUUUUUUCUUUUUUUCAAGAGUUUUAAGUGAUUCUUGAGAUGCUCAAAAGAUCCACUUUCGAGAAGGAAGCCAAAACUUUAGGGCAAAAAGAUUUGGAGAUCAGAAAAGAAAAGCAGAGCAAUUAAGUUUCAGUAAGCCGUUGCGGCUAUGGCAUAUGCUAUGUGUUACUGAAUGAGGGAGUCUGAAAUCAAGAAGAGAAUUUCCGGAAAUGGAAAACAUUUCAUCGCCUUUUCGUGUUCUUCAAUAAGCCAUUUGAAAGCUUCAGGUUUGGAUCAUAGUAGGGAGGGAAUCAGUGUGUGGAUCUCUGCUAUCAAACUUUAUUUCCUUAAAUGAGAAGAAUCUGAGGUUCCAACUGAGAAAGGGUGAGUAAGAUUCAAGUCCAUUAGAGCUCCAAAUGAUGUUUUUCGGGCCUGAUCCAGCUUCUCUGCAACUUCAUCACCCAUUCCCCUCCUCAGAACCUCAAGAUCCGCCAUUGAUGCCAAUUCAAAGCUCUGGAAAAGAAAUACUCUCAGACCCACCAUUAAAGCCACUUCAAAGCUCCAUCAAACCAAAAUCAAAGCAAGUACGAGAAGCAGAGCAAGAACCGGAGCCCUUGAUCCCAGGCCUCCCGGAUGAUAUCGCUGUAUCCUGUCUCCUUCGCCUUCCAUUCCCGCACCAGUUGAAUGUCAGGUCAGUCUCGUCUUCAUGGAACAGAUCAAUAUCCAGUCCUUCGUUCCUCAAACUGAAGAAAAAGCAGAGCCCUGCUUCACCCUAUCUCUUUGUCUUUGCGUUCCAAAUAUCAACAGCCAAGCUUCAUUGGCAGGCCUUCGAUCCCCGCUCUCGACUCUGGUUCCUCCUCCCCCCUAUGCCAUGCACCAAGCCUGUCUGCCCACCGGGCUUCGCAUGCACUUCAAUCCCACAACAAGGCACCUUCUUCGUGUGCGGUGGCCUUCGUUCUGAUACCGAGUCUCCCAUGGAUUCUAUUUUCGUGUAUCGGGCCUCAACUAACUCUUGGUCGGAAACUACACCUAUGCUGACACCAAGAUCGUUCUUCGCUGCAGGCGAAAUCGAAGGUAAAAUUUAUGUGUCAGGGGGGACUGGUGCCAACGACGCGCUAGCAUCUGUCGAGUCAUAUGACCCAGUAACGGGUCAGUGGGCCCGUGUGGCAGACAUGAGGGUGGGCAUGACACGCUACGAUGCGGCAGUCUUUGCCCGACGCAUGUACAUCACCGAGGGGUGGGAAUGGCCGUUCGACGUCCCACCCCGCGGUGCGGUGUACAAUCCAGAGUCCGACUCCUGGGAGGAAAUGCGCCGAGGAAUGCGAGAGGGCUGGACGGGUCUUAGUGUGGUCGUUGAAGGAAACCUUUUUGUGAUAUCAGAGCACAAGAAUUCAAGAGUUAAGGUUUACGUGCCCGAGAGAGAUGUCUGGGAGUAUGCCGGCGGGGGGUGCGUGCCAGGAGAGGUGCGGAGGCCUUUCACAGUUAGCGCAAUUGGUGAUAGAAUGUAUGUGGUGUCGAGCGGGUUGCAUGUAGCGGUGGGGACGGUAGCGCGAGGACCUGGGGGGGUCUCUGUUGAGUGGGAGGUGGUGGCAGCACCACCGGGAUUUGCAGAACUCAUACCCUCAUGCUCGCAGGUGCUGUAUGCAUGAGCCAAGACUAACCGGGUGGCUGAGCAUGAUCAUUUGCCCUCCUGAGCCCGCUUGGUGCAGAGCACAGCCUAGAAGCAACCAUGGUUGAGCCCACUUGUUGUAGAGCUCGAGCCUUGAUGCAACCGUGGUUGACCCACUUGUGCUCCCCAGUGAACCCAACCUCUUGGUGAAAUUUUGUGUUGUGAUGAAUAUUGUUGGGAAGUGGGAGCCUUCCUGUCUGUGUGAAAUACAAUGGAAAUACUAAGCAUAUGAAAUAUACUGGAAGUACCAAAUA